UGAUGGCGUCUGCUGAUCUGAGACAGGAGCUGGACUGUUCCAUCUGCCUGAGCAUUUAUACAGAUCCUGUAACCCUGAGAUGUGGCCACAACUUCUGCCGGGUCUGUAUUGAUCGUAUGCUGGAUACACAGGAGGGGGCUGGAGCUUAUACCUGUCCUGACUGCAGAGCAGAGUGUCAGGAGCGUCCUGCACUGCAGAGGAACAUAACGCUGUGUAACAUAGUGGGGAGGUUCCUGUCUACUCGGCCAGAUCAGGAGGAGACUGGGAUCUUCUGCACUUACUGCAUUCACUCUCCUGUACCUGCUGCUAAAUCCUGUCUGCUGUGUGAGGCUUCUCUGUGUGAUAAACACCUGAGAGUACACAGCAAGUCAGCAGAACACGUCUUAUGUGAUCCCACCACUGCCCUGGGGAACAGGAAAUGCUCCGUCCAUAAGGAGAUCCUGGAGUAUUACUGCACUGAGGACGCUGCCUGUAUCUGUGUGUACUGUUCAGCUGGGGAACAUCGGGGACACCAUGUGGAGAUGUUGGAUGAGGCCUUUAAGAAGAAGAAAGAGAAGCUGAGAAAUGUUCUGCAGAAACUAACCAUAAAGAGAGAGGAGACUGAGAAAAGAGUCCAGAGUCUGCAGGAGCGCAGGAGAGAAGAACAGGGAAAAGCAGCAGGUGUAACAGAGACAGUCACUGCCCUGUUCAGAGACAUCGGGAGACAGCUGGAAGACCUGAAGAAGAGAGUCCUGAGUGAGAUCUCCAGGCAGGAACAGCGCGUUUCACUCUCAGUCUCUGAUCUGAUCCAGCAGCUGGAAAUAAAGAAGGACGAGCUGUCCAGGAAGAUGCGUCACAUUGAGGAGCUGUGUAACAUGUCUGAUCCAGUGACUGUCUUACAGGAACCAGACACCGGGGACUUGUGUGAUACUGAGGACACAGAGAGACAUUAUAACCAGGUCCGUGGUGCAGGAGAUCUGGAUGUGGGUCUCAUCACAAGGACAGUACACACAUUAUCUGAUAUAAUAACAGAUUCGGAUAUUCAGAUGACUGAAACAACGGAUCCCAUUCAACGGCCCCCUUUAUUGAACAGCGUGAAUGGAAAGACCGCCUCCCCAUGUUGGAACUCCGGAUUGCCCAGGAACGUCAGGAACAAGGACUUGUGCCCACCUAAAUUCCUAGCGCGUCUAAGAGUAUGCCAUAAUCUAUAUAUUGUCCAUAGAAGCGGGUUAUCUUUCAAUUCUUGGUCAAAUUCCGCUUCUACCCCGUGAAGGAAAGAUAUAAGGUUUCUGGACCCCACAAAUUGUGCCUCCAGCUGUGUAUUAGCAUAAGUGUCACUAUUAUGUAACCAGUCUUUUAAAAACCUCAAUAAAGAAGCAUGGUUAUAUUUC